AAACUCCCAACCGACUCUCUCCCGGAGCGAAGAGGCGGAUGAAGCAGAGAGCAACACAAAUGCGGAAUAAGGGAAUAAAACGUGUUUAUUAAGCGGAGAAAAGAGCAAGAGAGAAACUUUAUUCUAAGAUAACAAGUCGUGCGUUUUGAGUCGAGAUCGGACCGAAAGCUGAGAGAGACGACAGCAGGCAUCUGGUGGAUGGAGAGAAAAUGGAGCUGAACACAAGAGAGGUGCCUCUAUAUGGACAGGUGGAGGCCCACAUACAGUUGCAAGAUAGCACUCCUGAGGAUGCAGAGUUUUACGUUGUUGUACAAGGCUCUAGACUUACACAUGUGACUGCAGCAAAGAGAGGAGAUGAUGGACUUACUCUUCGCUUCACAGUUCCCGGCCAUGACCUUGUGGAAAUUGCCUCUGUCACAUCCUACUUUCAUGCAGAGGACCAAGUCAAAUCGUACGCAGGUGAAGCGUCUCUUGAAUACCUCAGGGACGUUGCUCAGGAGGCAGCAGACUACCUGAGUGCAAACAGGGACCAGCUUGGCCCCCAGAGCUACCUAGAAGUCCUGAAGAGGUUUUCCACAUUGGCGCAGGCAGCUGAUGAAGAGCUCUUAGCUGUGGGAAUAGACUGCAAAGAGGAGGAUGUGCAGCUCAGAGAAAGUUUAGGUGAUGAAGCUGGAUGUAUCAGGCAGCUGGAUGAGAAGAUCACACAGGCUAUAGCCAACAUGGAUUACCCUCAGCAGUGGAAGAAUACUGACAGUCAGCCAAGAGAAGCUGCUGAGCUUCAACCCAAAGAAACCCUCCUUCAUCUUGCAGUGCGCUUGGGUUUGGUCCAUCUCUCCCGUUUCUUAAUCCACCAGCCAAGGGGUCAAAGGGUGUUGACCUUACCCAAUCAGGAGGGAGACACACCUCUCCAGCUGGCUCAGAAGGACGGACAGCAUGCCAUGUUCAGAGUGCUGGCAGCUCCUCCAGGUCCUGUAGUCGGCCCUGUUCCAGGUGUGUGGUGUGUGUGGUCCGACAGCUCCUGCAUGCUGAGGUUUUGUCCAGGGAUGGACUCCCUGACACUCACUGUGCGGCAAACACCGGGAAGCUCCCCUCAGGAUGGCAUCACGACCUUAAGAAACAAAGUAGGAGACCACAGCAUCCUAAAAAUGAUCAGUGUGCUCAAAGCUGAUAAUGAGGAAGACAAGAGAGGCAAAGAGGAAAUCCUUCCUAGUGAUAAAGGCGUUUGCAAGGAGCAGCGAGUAGAAGAGCAUGUGCUGGUGGACAAUGUUUUUGAAGAACAGCUUGUUCUUUCUUUGGAUGAUGACGACGAUGAAGGAGAGUACCCAUCCUCAUUAUCUGUAAAUGGGCAUCCCAUUCAGUCCAGUGGAGAGGAGAGCAGGUUCACCCAGCGUGCUGCAGACCCUCUGCCCUCUGUGAUCAACAGCAGUGAUCAGACCAUCACACAGUGGACUCAGGAAGAAGAUAUAGAUAUCAAGUGUAGUGUCAGUGGAGUGACCACGGACAGCACGGGGACAGACAGUGGGUUAUGGGACACAGUGGACUCAGAAGAUCUCCUGCUGGCCACUGACACUCCUCCACCCUAUUCAGAAGAUUCCUACCCUCCCUCUCUACCCUGCUCUCCCCCACUCUCCCCCCCUGGCCAGGCCCUCGCUAGGCUGAACCGUCCCCUCUCCUCCGAGCCGACCAAUCAGAGCGAAAGUCCAACAAUGGACACCUGCGACCUCAGUCCCAGUCUAGUGGCUCUGGAAGUAGACAGUGAAGAGGACAGUAUCGAGCCAAAGUCUCCGCUCUCUCCACUCUCGUCAGAUGUUGAGAAAAGUGAAGACAAAAGGGAAAGCUUCCGUCCUUCCCCUGACCUCACAUGCACUCGCAGCCAGUCUGCCUCCUCAGCAUGUGAACCCACCAUAAAAGAACUGGGGGACCAGGGGAUUCGACUGCGUUCAUAUUCUUACUCCUCCCCCAAAAUCAGCUUGCGGCCUGCUCGUUUUGCCCGGGACAACCACACGUCAGACAUCAGUCCUGAUGCCGUGCUCCACAGUGUCAGCCACAGCCGAUCUCUCCUUCAGGCCCUCUCUCUGUCUAAAUCUCUGUCUCUUCUCCACCCUGGUAAGCAAAGAGCCUCCAGUAUAUCCGAGCAGUCACAUGAAAAAAGGGAGAUUAAGUUCCGUAAGAGAGCCCAGUCUGCUGAAGAUGAGAGCAGCAUGGAACUGGCAGAGUCCCUCCAACACCUCACUCUGUCUGAGUUCCUCAAAGAAAUUGAAGAGGAGGAGUUGGAUAAGUACAACAUCCCUACAAAGGUGGAGUCAGAGAAGUAUAAAGUCAUCCGCACCUUCAGUUUUCUCAAGAGCAGGAUGUCCAGUACACGCAACAAGACCAAGGGGAAGGGGAAGGACAGAGAGGCCAAGGAUAGGCAGCUGAAUGGACAUCGGUUUAACACAGGGUCCUGUUUGGGCCCCACCGUAUGUGUGGUGUGUGAGAAACCGGCAUCUGGAAAGGACCUGCUGCAUUGCGCCAGUUGCACUACUAUCGUCCAUAAGGGCUGUAAGGAAUCUGUCCCCCCAUGUUUGAAGAAACUUCAAGAUAAGUAUGCUGUUACCAUGGUGAAGAAUAGGACAGCAUCCCUCCCACAGAACUUCACAGUGAGAGACAGUCCUACUCAGUGUGUGAUCCCCAUCUCUAACUCUCUACCUCUUAUGAAAGACACUGCGACCCCGCCGUGCCCCCUUUCUGGGACUUUCCCAAACAGUGAGAGUCGGCUCAGUGAGAGUCCAGAGGCAGAGUCUGAUGCCUGCAAGGUUACCAGUCGAUCAGAAGAGCUCCUGCCGACUCCAGUGUCGUCAACCUCCACUGAAUCAUCCUUCGUAGAAGACUGCGUGGAUGGGUGUAUCCACAGUGACAUCUCGGCUGAUGCUGUGGAUUACGAGGCUGAGUCGUGGAGUCUUUCUGUGGAGCACAAGUUCUGCAAGAAGCAGGACAAACGAGCUGUCAAGAGGCAGGAUGUAAUCUACGAGCUGAUGCAGACCGAGCUUCACCACCUACAGACGCUACACAUCAUGGCCGAGGUUUUCCGGCGAGGCAUGAAGGAGGAAGUGCAGUUAGAUACAGACGCGGUGGAGCGGGUCUUCCCCUGUCUGGACCAGCUGCUGGUCUUUCACCACGCCUUCUUUGCUGCCAUGAAGGAGCGGCGACUCAGCUCAGCUCAACCCAAGGGACACAGGAACUACCUCAUCCAGCGAAUAGGAGACAUCUUGCUCCAACAGUUUUCAGAUGAGAACAGCGAGAAAAUGAAGCAGGUGUAUGGAGACUUCUGCAGUCGGCACAACGAAGCAGUCAGCUUUUUCAAAGACCUCCAGCAGCAUAACAAGAGAUUCCAGAACUUUAUUAAGCAACAAGGUAAUAAUUCUUUGGUGAGACGGAGAGAGAUCCCAGAGUGCAUCUUGCUGGUUACGCAACGGAUAACAAAGUACCCAGUGCUGCUGGAGAGGAUCCUAAAAUACACUCAAGAGGAAACAGAGGAGCAUGCCGACCUUUCCAAAGCACUGGCUCAGAUUCGAGAGGUGAUAGCAGCCGUGGACCUGAGCGUCAGUGAGUACGAGCGGCAUCAGAGGUUACAGGAAGUGUGGAGCCGCAUGGAGAACCGCAGCUCAGCCAAGCUGAAGAACGGCCAUACCUUCCGCAAGCAGGACAUGAUGGGGCCAGGACAGACGCUCAAACACCAGGGCGUGCUUCUGUGGAAGACCGCCACUGGUCGGCUUAAAGAUGUCCUGGCACUCCUUCUCACAGACACACUCAUCUUCCUGCAAGAAAAAGACCAGAAGUAUACGUUUGCCACUGUGGAUCAGAAGCCUCCAGUCAUCGCACUGCAGAAGUUAAUAGUGCGAGAAGUAGCAAACGAAGAGAGAGGGAUGUUUUUGAUUAGCGCAUCAGCCGCCGGGCCAGAAAUGUACGAGGUCCACACAUCAUCUAAAGAGGAAAGAAACACCUGGAUGAGGCUCAUUAGAGAGGCUGUAGAGAGCUGUCCAGAGGAAGAGGAAGAAUACACCAGUGAAUCUGAAGAGGAGAAGCGAGCUGCUGAGGCUCGUAUCCAGAAGAUCCACAAGUUACAAGAGAGUCUGAUGAGCCAGGACCAGCGGAUCUGCUCCAGCCUGGAGGAGAAGCUGCAGGUCUACGCAGAGCUCUCCGCUCUGAGUGGGAGGACGGACGCCUCGUUGGUUGAACCCCGACUGCUCAUCCAGCCGCACUCUGAGGAGCUACCCCAGGCUGCUGUGUUGCUGGCUGCAGCUUUGAAAGAGGUUGAACACCUGAAAACCACGCUGUCAUCCAAGGCCUGUUCUCCACCGAGUCACAGCCCAGACUCUGACACAGACUCUGUGUUUCCUGUCAGCCCUGCUACACUUGUAGAGCCCCCCUCAGACUCUGAGGCCUCACCUGAAAACCCAGAAGCCAGUGAGGGAAGUUGGACCGAGGUCCUCCCAACUCUCUUAAAAACAGACGUGAAUGACAUCGACUUCAAGGUCACUCAAAGUGUCCAAAGCCUGACUCAGUUACUCUACAGUCUGCAGGCCGCCGUGACCAUCCAGGACACCUGCUAUGAGGUCCAGAGGCUCCUCCUGCAGGAGACUGGGCGCCCUUCCCCUCGCACCCAACGUCCGCACCUUCCAAGCAUCCGGGGCAACACCCUUCAGGAACAGGAGAAGCAGCGUAACCUGGAGAAGCGGAAGGAGGAGGUUGCGGCGGCUCAGCGGCUCCAGGAGCAACUGCGCCAAGAGAGGGAGCGCUGGGAGAGAGAGUGCCAAGCCAGGGAGAGCCAGCAGGGGGAGCAGGAGAGUAGGCUGGAGGAGAGGGAGAGGCAGUGCCACCUGGAGAUGGAGAGGCUGAGGCACGAGAGGGAAGAGCUGGAUGAGCAGCUGGAGGAGUACCAGCAGAGCCUGGAGCGGCUCAGGGAGGGCCAGAGGAGUGUGGAGAGGGAGCGUGAGCGUCUGGAGAACCAGCAAAAGAUGCUCCAGACCUGGAGACACAGCCGGCAGAGGAGUCUGCCCACUGUGAUUCCUCACAUGGUCAUCCCUCUAGAUGGGCAGCAGGACUCGACGUCUAGUCAGUCCAGAGAGCACGCCGGCAAUGGCUCUGUGUUUGUAAACGAGGCUGCGUUCGCCAGCACCAGCGUCAACAACCGCCACGUCCACCACAAAAGAAAUGACCCCAGCGCGCACAAUUGUCUGAACACCCUGCUGGCAAGAUCCAACAGCAGACAGCCCCCCAUCGCUAAGACUCCUCACGGUCCACACUCAGACUCCCAGGGGUGGAUGAUGGGGACAGAGUACCUCUACAGCCCUGCAGGAAGGCUUGAGCUGCAGCAUACACCUAAUGAUCUCAACAGUCACAGCUAUAUCGGGGAGACCUGGUCGUCAACAGCAAGCGGAGCUGACCCGUAUCCAGCGCUCCCACAUCCUGGUGACCCUCAGUUGGACCUCAGUGCACUUGUUUCCUUGGAGACUGACAGCGGCGGGGAGGAGGGCAGCGAGGAAACCAUUGUGUAUCUCUGAAUAUUGAUACAUUUCAGACUGAACAGCCAACCCAGCACUUGGAAAAGGAUAAAGACAUUCAUGAAGCAUCAGGAUCGGCUCCAGGGUGGCUUCAGAAAAACAUUUCUCUCAUGCUUUUUUUUUUCUUAUUUGAAAGAUUAUUUUUGUGGUCUUUUUCAAAGUUACUGGAUACACAGAGAGAGAAACAGAUAAAUAAGGUUGUUUCAAUCU